CGGCCGGGUCAGGCCGGUGGCCCUGCGGUCCGCGCGGUGGUCCGUGAGCCCGUUGGCGUUGAGGGAGUGGCCGCCCUCCCGCUCUCGCGCGCUGCGCUCUCCACCCCCCCACCCCGCCCCCGGGCCCGCCCGUCGGCCGCGUCGCGUCAUGUCGGGCGCUGCUCGGCGCUAGUGCCCGGGGCCGCCGCCUCCCGCCCGCCCGAAGCCGCGCCCACUGUCCAGAGCCAGAGGGAUGGUGGUAGUCACGGGGCGGGAGCCAGACAGCCGUCGCCCGGACGGUGCCAUGUCCAGCUCCGACGCCGAAGACGACUUUCUGGAGCCGGCCACCCCGACGGCCACGCAGGCGGGGCACGCGCUGCCCCUGCUGCCCCAGGAGUUUCCUGAGGUUGUUCCCCUUAACAUUGGAGGGGCUCACUUCACCACACGCCUGUCUACCCUGCGGCGCUAUGAAGACACCAUGCUGGCGGCCAUGUUCAGCGGGCGACAUUACAUUCCCACAGACUCCGAGGGCCGGUACUUCAUUGACCGGGAUGGCACCCACUUUGGAGAUGUGCUGAAUUUCCUGCGCUCAGGGGACCUGCCACCCCGGGAGCGUGUACGGGCUGUGUACAAAGAGGCUCAGUACUAUGCCAUCGGGCCCCUCCUGGAGCAGCUAGAGAACAUGCAGCCUCUGAAGGGGGAGAAAGUGCGCCAGGCAUUUCUGGGACUCAUGCCUUAUUACAAAGACCACUUGGAGCGGAUUGUGGAGAUUGCCCGGCUGCGUGCAGUACAGCGGAAGGCCCGUUUUGCCAAGCUCAAGGUCUGUGUCUUCAAGGAGGAGAUGCCCAUCACCCCCUAUGAGUGUCCGCUUCUCAACUCCCUGCGCUUCGAGCGGAGUGAGAGUGAUGGGCAGCUCUUUGAGCACCACUGCGAAGUGGAUGUAUCUUUUGGGCCCUGGGAGGCUGUGGCUGAUGUUUAUGACCUACUGCACUGCCUGGUCACGGACCUCUCAGCCCAGGGCCUCACUGUGGACCAUCAGUGCAUCGGGGUGUGUGACAAGCACCUCAUCAACCACUACUACUGCAAGCGCCCCAUCUAUGAGUUCAAGAUCACAUGGUGGUAGGAGUGUGCCCACCCAGCGUAGGCUUUGCCCUCUUGUGUUGAGAGGUCUUCAGGGGAAGAAGAUACCACAGUUGCACGGUCACUCUGUGGCUAACAGCCAUGUCAGGUGGUUCUGAAAGAAAUCCCUCCUAUCAUGUCACCACUUCUUUCAAGGGCGAGAUAAAUGGCUCUAAGCUUAUGUAAGCCUUAGUGGUUAAGACCCUUACUUGAGGAAAAUGGGUAUAAGUUGCCCUUCCUCUGAAAGCAGAGUUUGACACCUUCCUGGCUAAUGAGUGUCCUCAUCAGGAUGCCCCAUGGAGUCACUUAAUGGAAUCACUUUCAUGGAAAGGUGAGUUCUGACAUGCUGGGUAGCUAUGCCACCCUCCAACUGCUUCCUUAAAUCUCUGAUUAUUCUGACUUUUAAACAAAAGCACUGCUGUAUUACCUGUGCCAAAUGUAUUCCCUGACCUAAUUACUGUGCGCACAAUCACAUAGUAAUGAUACACUAAUAAUACUUAAUAAGUUGGAAACUGAAGCUCAUGGAGACAUAAUUGCCUCAAGGGCAGAUAGCUAGUAAAUGGCCAAGUCAGGAUUCAAACCCAGGGCCCUUUUCGGAAAUCCUCACAGGUGUUCAACAGAGCCCUCCCUUCUUGUCAGUGGGACACUGACAGCAGAGCUCAGUGUCCCACCUCUGAGACUCAGGGCUUCACCCUGCUUCAGUCUGUGCAGAUUUUAAAAGCAAAUACUCUAGAAGUCAUAUUAGAAAACUUCCUUGGAUGCGUAGGUCUUAAGUAGUCCCUGAGUAUUAAGGAGCUAGCUGGGGUCCCCAGUGUGCCGCCCUUCUUAGUAAGGGGCACACGUUUGCUAGAUGGAGAAGGACCCUGCUCAUGGGCAAUGAGUGGAGGUCAGUAGUGGCUCUCUGGCUGGAUCCUGGGUAUGGCAGGAUGAUCCGGGACAGCUUGAGUUAAUCAGACUCUUGCAGCCUCCUGGCCCAACCACACAGAUGCAGCCUGAUCAUGUGGGGAGUGUGCCUGAGGCCGCGGCCCUCCUUCAGGGACCGCUGGCAUCAAGAGAAUAAUUGAAUGUGAGGCUCUUUAGUGUGGCUCGGGGGAUGCUGUGUGCCUGGCUUGGGACUUCCGACCCUUAGAUCUGGGUCUCAAUCCUGCCUAUUUGUUCCUUUGUCAUCAUUUUGAAGAUGAUCUCUUAGCUAGCUUUGGUUACCUUUCAUUUUGAUUUGCUUAACUUCUAGCAUGUUGCUCAAGCUUGUGUUCACUUACCUUUAACUUCCUGUCCUUUGACUCCUUACCAUUUUGUUUUUCCUUUCAUGUACUUUAUACCGUUCUCUAUUUUUUAAACAUAAUUUUAAACUUUAUUUCUAACAUAACUUUAAAAUAAAGUGCCUAUAUGAAUAGGAUGCCAAUGAGCAUCUUGUUCUGAGCAAGAGUAA